AGGAAGCGAAUUGCGGAAAUAUAAGUCCACCUCACGCUUACAGCUUACAAUUUUUUUUAUUUUUUUUUACAUUUUUGUCUUUAAAUAAGAGAAAUAUCGUGCAGGCAUCAAAUGUCUUCCGUUAACACUUGUGGAAGGCUUUAAAGAAAAAAUGUCAUCGCUGUUUGCUGCCCGGUGGAACCUGUAAGACACCAGAAGAAGACAGAACCUGUAAACUGACUGGACGGAUGGGCAGCCAAUGAUCCAGCUGAGAGUGUCCUGUCACCAACAGCCUGCCAGAUUUAACGCCGGUAAUGACUUAUGGCCUUGCUGCUCAGCUAGCUGAGGGAGACAGCAACACAAAACAGGCAUCAUGUUCCUCAAAACAUCCUUCACCACCCUGAUCGUGGGGGUGUUUGUGGUGUAUGUGCUCCACACCUGUUGGGUGAUGUAUGGGAUUGUGUACACCAAACCCUGUGAUAUCCUUAAAGGAGACAACUGCAUCACACCCUUCCUGGCAGGGAACCCCAAGCUACAGUUGAGUAUCUUCACUGCAUUACGGGCAAAUGCAGAUGGAGGUCAUACUCUGAUCCACAAGGAGGAUAACUUUGAUGUCACCACCAAGUUUGAGAGGAUAGUCAAUGUUUCCCUCCCAAAGAAAACCCGUAAUAAUGGGACUCUCUAUGCAAUAAUAUUUGUCCAUCAAGCUGGCCUCAAUCCAUGGCAGGAUCCACGCCAAGUCCAUGUAGUGGCUCAGCUCACUACUUACAUGGUCCCGAAACCUCCUGAAAUUUCGCUGAUAUCUGGAGAAGAUGAAACACAGGGUCUAAAACAAGAAGGCCAGAAAAAGAAGCAGCAUGAUGGUAACACUGCUGCAGGAGCUGGGGCAAAAGGUGGAGCUGCUUCCUCGUCAGAUCACCCCGUUUCCCACUGGCGCUCCCGCCUAACUCUCAACAUUGUCAGUGACCACUUCCUGUUCGACAGAGAAUAUCUUCCAAGUGAUGUUCACAGAUACCUCAGAGUAUUCCAGAAUGGGAAGAAGAUGGUGUAUCUACCUCUGCUGUUUGUUGAUGAGCUCAGCAACCGAGUCAAGGACCUGGUGGAGAUCAACAGUACCUCCACAGAGUUGCCUCUGACCAUCUCCUAUGACUCCAUCUCUCUGGGGAGGCUUCGAUUCUGGAUCCACAUGCAAGAUGCUGUUUACUCUCUGCAGCAGUUUGGUUUUACAGAGAAGGAUGCCGAUGAAAUCAAAGGGAUCUUUGUGGAUACCAACCUGUACUUCCUGGCUCUGACUUUCUUUGUCGCUGCUUUUCAUCUCCUUUUUGACUUCUUGGCUUUUAAAAACGACAUCAGCUUCUGGAAGCAGAAGAAAAGCAUGGUGGGAAUGUCGAGCAAGGCAGUCCUGUGGCGAUGCUUCAGUACCAUAGUGAUUUUCCUGUACUUGUUUGAUGAGCAGACGAGCCUCCUUGUCCUCAUACCUGCUGGAAUUGGCUCUAUCAUUGAAGUGUGGAAAGUAAAGAAGGCUUUUAAGAUUCAGGUUUUCUGGAAAGGAGGCAAGCCAACAUUCCUGUUUGGAAAAUUAGAUGAAUCAGAGAGGAGAACAGAAGAAUAUGACACUCUGGCCAUGAAGUAUCUCUCAUACCUCCUUUACCCACUUUGCAUUGGAGGGGCAGUGUAUGCUCUGAUUUUUCUACGAUAUAAGAGCUGGUACUCGUGGUUGAUCAACAGUUUGGUGAAUGGUGUAUAUGCAUUUGGCUUCCUCUUCAUGCUUCCUCAACUGUUUGUCAAUUAUAAGCUAAAAUCUGUGGCCCACCUUCCCUGGAAGGCCUUUAUGUACAAGGCAUUCAAUACCUUCAUCGAUGAUGUGUUUGCCUUCAUCAUCACCAUGCCCACAUCUCAUAGACUGGCCUGUUUCAGGGAUGAUGUGGUGUUUCUCAUUUACCUUUACCAGAGAUGGCUCUACCCAGUGGACAAAACAAGAGUAAAUGAAUAUGGAGUUUCGUAUGAUGAAAAACCCAAAGGGAAGACUCACAAGGACUAGAAAGAAAAGGGCUACUGACGUCUAUGAUCUGGUAACUGUGAAUGUCACCUUGUCUCCACUCUUAUCCGCUGAAAUAAAAGGAGCUUUAAUUUCAGAGGAGCAAAGUAAACGGGAUUAGGUGACAUCUAGAACUGAAGUUGCUGAUUGCAACCAACCUACUGAAUAUCCCCUCCAUCACCCUCCCCUGCAGUGGCUGCUAAAAACUUGAUGAUCACGAAGGACCUCUGUAACGCCAGUGUUUGGUUUAUCCAUUUUGAGGUGCUGUUGAAAACAUGGCAGCACAACAUGGUGAAGUUUUUGGAAGAGUAUCCAUGUUGUUACUAGAUAGAAGUCACUAAAAACAAAUUAAUUCUUAUUUUCACCACUGUUUUAUUUUUGUGAAAACGUAGCUCAUCCGUAAUAUUACACACUGGAACUUACUAACAUCAACUGAACAGAGCUUAACGGUCCAGCUGGUUAUAAAAGGACCAAAACCAUGAACAUUCUAGUGGUUCCUGAUGAUUUCUACCAUUCCAGAGUGUAAGUUGUGGUCUUCUGCUUCCCUGGCUCUUAUGGCCCUGGCCCUAUGCACCAUUCCCUGCAGUUUAUAGUGGUAUUUUGUUUAGCAGUGUGUGAUGAGGCACAUAGAUCAGGAAGAUGUUGCCCUUUUUAUAAAACUAAGGAAGCAGCCUAGAAAAAAAAAAAUCAUGUUUUUGAGGUUGUGUGAAUGGCAUGUUGCAGUUUGGAGAGGUAUGCUCUGCUCACGCAGUGGUUCAGUACUCGAUUCUAAAUAUGAGCACAGGAAUGACGUUGGUGACUUUCCUAUCAACAUAUAACUACACUGGGAAUUCCCAAUGUAUGCCGUAGCCACUGCAAAUGUGGACUAGAAGUAAUAUUUGUCAAAAAGGGAUUUUUUAAUUACUUUAAACAAUGUUUGAAGACAUUAGGAGUCUGCUUCAGUCUGCUUUGAGAAACCAGUACAUGCAGUAUACCCAGGAUUUGUUAUAAAAACAAUUUAAUAAUCUACAUUUAUGUAUUCUAAAUUUAAAAAAAAAAAACACAAAAGAAAAAAUUUCUUGCUGUACCGAGAUCACAGGAAAGCUAUCUUUCUUGCUGUGCUAUGACAGGAAUGGCACUAUAUUCAUUCACCAUUUUAUUAUCUUAAAUAAUGGACUUUGGCAAAUAUGAACCAUCUCUGUUUAUACUCUUGUGCACACUCAGAUUACUACAUAGAUACCAUACUGGAUAUGGCAGAGCUUUCAGAAGACCCAGUUUCCAAUCGUGAUUACAGAUUUUGUCAUCAUAGUGGAAGCUGGGAAUUGCAUUUACACAAAUAUUGCAUAAAUGCUCCGUAAACCAAGCCGUGCAGUGCAGCACCCCUAAACUAAGUGUGAAUAAUUAUGUUUAAACAACUUGGUUUAAUUUGCUCUCUUGAAAAAGAGUCAUCACAAAGAUUUAAAUGACAUUGUUCAAAAUCAUGUCAACAACAUUGAGGAGUACAGUCUGGUACAAAAAUCAAAGCGAUUCCGUGAAACCCACCUGUCAUAGCUAUAAUAAAUUCUGUACAGGCUGAAAGUCAAUUGAGACUGCAAUCAAGAAAAAGCUCACUUUAAAAAGAGUUAAAUAAUUAAUAAAAAACAAAAUUUUAAAGAACUUUGGGGAAUGGUACAAGUGUUGCCACAAUUACUACAGAGAGGUUUUAGCUUAUGUCUAAAGUCUAAACAGUGAUUUGUUGCCAUGGUGACUAUGUGAACAUUCCUGAAUGUUAAGUUCCUGCAAUGUAUGAAGUUUAGUCUUUUUCUUGAUGUCUAUGAUGUCUUUUUUUCCCUUUACUGUUAUACACAAGGGUACACUGACAACCAUUCUGUUUUCUCCAUCAGUUUUAAUUUUUGUGGUUAUACCUGGCUGAGUAUUUUUAUUUUUUUUUCACAUAUCAGGGCCAAGAAAAUAUGUUGGUGCCAAAUGUACGAGUGAUUCUUUAAACUGUUUGUCAGCGUUUGAUGUGCUCCAUAAAUGAUCCAUGUGAUGCACUGAAUGGAUACUGGCAUUUUGGAGGAAAUGUUUUUGGCAUAAAUUAAGUAUUAACAGAUUUGGAUUUACACAGUCACAUUUUGAUUUUCAUGUGGUUUUAUACCCAUUUUCUUUAAGACAGAAAUACUCUACUUGGAAUGAAUUAUUGUUUAUAGAUCAAGAGCUCUAUACAAAAAGGUCCUCUUGAGUUUUUUUGUUAAAGGGAAAUUCAGUCAGAUUUGCCAGAAAGUUGCCUUGAAAUGGUUAUACUUAUAAUGUUUCUGGUUUUGAUUUAGAUGAAAUAAAGAUGACUGACUUAA